AUGAAACCACCUUCAAUAUCAUCUCCAAUCCCACGUUCAUCGCCCAAUCUCAAUUCGAAUUCGACUUUGAAUGCAAGAGCACCUUCACCUAAUCUGAUCCACAGACCAUCGACAUCAUCUAACCGAUCGAAAAGAUCAGAAGCGGAUUUUGAAGCUGCGUUAUUAGAUCCCAAAUCAACGAUAUUCUUAUCUGCUGGACCUUCGAAUUCAUACAAUGAGGAAGAUGCAUCUACAGCUACAUCCAAAUUGACUCUUGGACCUUCCAUAUCAAUGAAAGACAAAGGAAAGGGGCAAUACUUUGAUCAUGAAACAGAUUCCGAUACACCUUUACCAAAUGAGAAAAGGAGUUUCGAGGAAGACCUGAUAAACCUCAAAAAACAAAAUACUACAGCUACUACUACUACUACGCCUGCAAUAGAUGGUAGAAAAGGUUUAGGUAUAUUAAUGGAAAGUCCCAGAUCUAAAAUUCAAAAUAACGGUAUAGGUGUAAUACCUCCUACACCAAGUACGGUAAGACGUCAACAUGGACACAAUAGGAAUUCAUCACAGAUGACUACAGACAGUUAUAAUUCUAUGAACAGUGAUACUCCCUCAACGACAAGAAGAAGAGCAAGUAAAAGUUUAGGUAUCGACGCCGAACUAGGUGAAAAACCAAUACCUAAGAAUAUAGUAGCAACUAAGAGAAGAUCAAUAUUUCGUUCUCCAGGUACAGCUUCAUCACCAGAUUUAGCAACUUUAGUAAGAAAAGCUAAAGAAGCAAAGUCAACUCAAAGUGAAGAUCCAGUGAACGAUCCACCACCAUCCUCCGGUAACCCGACGACAUCGUCGACAGCAACAACGUCGACUGCGAAAACGACAACUACACCUCAUAGGAAUGGUGCUGCCAGUAACAGACCGGGCACUUCAGGUUCAACCAGAUACGCUCCUUCACCUUCACCAAGUUUAGGAGAAUCAUCAACUGCAACGAUGAGGAACAGGGAAAGAUCAAUCACAAAUCCUAAAUCUGAUGAACAAUGGGAAAGAUACGGCAACAUGUUGGGUGGAAAUCAGAUGGCGUCUAUUGCAGAAGGAUCACGUACGACAGGCGGAAGAAAUAGGACCCAGUCCUCUGAUGAAGGAUUUAAGAGUAUGAGAAACAAGGCAAGAGGGGUUUUUGGAAAGAUGUUUGGAUCUACAAAAGAUUACAGUUUACCAUCAACGACACCGCCAUCAGCUACCUCAUCCCGUUUCCCCGAGCAUUCCAGUCCGAGACCACCUGUACCUCCCGUUCCAUCCGCAUAUGCUGCUCAGCGCCGCAAACCUCCCAGCCCACCAACAGAAUCUUCCGAUAUCUUCACAGUCAGAAAUCCCCCUCCACAAUCCUCACGGUCUGCUGCUUCUUCCGUUCCUCCACCACGUCAGUCCAGUCCAGCGUACGAUGGACGUGCAUCAGUCACACCGACGGGAACACGCCAAGUUUCCAGUAAUAGUGUCCUUAGCGUGGAUAAACCCCUACCAGCAGUCAUAGAGCCUGAGGAUGCGCCAGUACGAGAACCAAGUCUUACUCUCCGAACAUCAGGUCAUAGUCGUCAGCCUGCAAGUGCAGCUCACGAAGAAAGUCCACCAUUCUCCGAAACACCACUCAAACCUUCAGCUUCACCUGCUACUAGAGCUGUGCAUACCUUCAAGUCCGAUAUGGCAGGAAUAUUAGCGAAUAUAGGACACAGUGAACCUGCCAGAGAACUAGGUCUACCUCCAGAUAGCGUUAGACGGGACAGAGAUAGAUCUCUUUCAGCGGAGACAACCUGUGAGUCGUUAAAGGUGCUAGGCAAAUCGACUUCAAAAGAUCGUGCGACAUCACAUUUGUCACCUGUCCCAACACAGAGGACCACUUCUCUGCCUGUGAAAUCCCCACAAGUUGGAAGAGCUCCAUCGAUACGGCAGAUAUCACCUAACCCAUCGUUGAAUGGUGACACUUCCUUGAUGCCAGUAAAUACUGCAUCACGUUCAUCUAGUCGAUCUUCAGAAAAGAGGUCUCCUUCGCACUCCCAUGCAUCUUCACCAGCCAGAUCACCUUCUUUGUCUAGGAACAAGAAAUCAUUUGAAGAGUCACCGUUGAUCCCUUCUUCUGUACGAUUAAUAUCAAGUCCUAGGCCAGACAGUGCCCAUUCUGCCAUAUUACCGGUAAAUAUCACCAGUGAAGCAUUAGCAAAAGCUUCUUUCAUAAAUACCUCACCGUGGGGUAAACAGCCUCCGAGAAUGCCGAGUGGUUUACCGGAUGAAAAUAGAGACGAUCAAGUUGAAACAGUCAACACUCCCCCUGAAACACCAAAAACAACUCAUGAAGAGGACGAAGAAGAAAGAGGUAGAAGAUUAGCUUGUGAAUUCCUAGAAGACGAUUUCACAAGUGUACCAAAAGAUAAAGUAGCAGAAUUCUUAGGUGGUCCACGUCCUAUCAACGCGGUCGCUCUGAAGUACUACAUGCAAUACUUCGAUAUGAAGGCACAAACUUUGGUUGACUCGUUCAGGGAUUUAUGCCAGAAAUUACACCUCAAAGCAGAAUCACAGGAGAUUGACCGAAUCAUUGAAGCGUUCUCAGCAAGAUAUUUUGACUGUAACCCGACCACCGUAUUCGGAACCCCAGGAGUGGUGCACACAGUCACAGCUGCUAUGCUCAUGCUCAACACGGAUCUUCAUAUCGCCGAACUAAAUAAACACAUGUCAAGGACUGACUUUGUGCGGAAUGCGAUGCGAGCGAUACAUGAAAGUAUGCCCACGGACGAAAGGUCAUCGACACCUGAUCUUGUCAGAGAUGAUGGCAGUAGUAUGAAAUUAGGAUUCGGUUCAACAGCAUCAAUGGCACCUUCAGUUGUCAGUCUACGAUCGAAAACACCUAUGAACCCUCUUCCCGCUCAAAGAAGCGCAUCGGCUCCUGUCAUCGCACAUGCUGCGCCUACUCGGACCGAUAGCGUCUCGUCAAUCGGAACGAAUGGACUCGAGAACAAAACUAGAGGUAGUUCUACCACUGUCAGCUCAUUCAAUUAUAGCAAAGCUUGGGAGUCGGAAGCGGAAGCUGCCUUACGAGAUAUUUUCGCCAGUGUCAAAUCGGAUAGGAUCUUAUUACCAAUCUCCGGACAUCAAGAGUCGAGUAAUCGUCAAUCCAUGAUGUCAGUUUCCAGUAAUGGACCUUUCGAUAGAAGUAGGACUGUAAGAAGUCCCUCUGACAGAGUCAACGUCCUAAAAAGAGGUAGUAUUAGAGGUAUGCAGGGUUUGAUGAAUAAUCCGUAUGGAUCGCAAUGGUCUGCUUCGGAUGGAAGACUCAGUCCUACUCCAAGUUACGCAACAUCUAUCAAUGAAGGUCUCGGAUCGUUCGCAGCGACCCUUGGUUUUGCUUCGAAUCUGUCUCAUACCGUUAUUCGCGAACAUGAUGAUGAGGUCCGAAGCAUAGAUUCUCAAACUAGUACAGAUACUGCCGAGGAUAUGGAUGAUGACGAACUAGCCCUUCUCGGAGCUCCAUGGGCUAAAGAAGGUCUUCUCUCAAGAAAACUAUACUGGGAAUCAGUUGGGAAGCGGGCGAAGAAGAAUGACUGGAAACAAUUUUUCGUUGUCAUAUCCAAGGGAGAGUUAUACAUGUUCACAUUCGGCGAGAAAGGCGGCGGUGGAUUCAUGGGUGGAUCAGUCGGUGGUGGUAAUUGGCUUGAGAAUGCCAAUGCCAUCGGACAAAUCGCUUUGAUGCAUACGAUGACAGUCGCAUUACCUAAACCGGGAUAUAACUCAAGUCGACCUUAUUGUCUUUCGCUUGCUGGACCAUCUGGAGAGACGAGUUUCUUCCAGGCUGGUACAGAAGACUUAGUAGGUGAAUGGGUAUCAACAUGUAACUAUUGGGCAGCAAGAAGAUCAAGACAACCUUUACAAGGUGGAGUAUCAAAUAUGGAAUAUGGAUGGAAUCGAGCUCUAGAUCAUAGUCCAAUUAUCAACAAUAGCAAUAACGAUGAAGAUGAUAGAGCAAGCGUUAAAAGUGGCCGAAGUAAUCUAUCAAAAUUAGGUUCAAGUGUAGGUGUGAGUUCCUAUGGUAGACGGACUAUUGGAUCUUCCAUGUCAACUUCGGGAACAGGAAUGAAUGACAGAAUUCAUAUAAAUGAAUGGAAACCUCCACCACCAGCAACGAUGCCAUCUCCACUAGAUGAGGAAUCUCAAUUGGAAGCAUUACAGAAUUACGUUAGAUCGUUAGUCGAUGAACUGGAACAACAUAAAUCAAUAGAAGAACCAAUGACCAAACUUUAUACACCAGGAUCUAAAAACCUAACUAAAGCAAGAGAUAAUUGGAAAUCGAAAUCGCAUUAUAUCCAUACCGAGAUAUUCAAGUAUGAAACAUAUGUGGAAGCGUUAAGAAAUGCAAUUUCAUUAAGAGUGAAAAAACAAGGUGAAAAGAAAUUGGAAAAAUCUCUAGCUAGAAGUAUGACUAGUUUACAUCGUGCGGAUGACAAUGAUAGUGAUAAUGUUGAAGAAGACGGGGAAGAGAAAGAAAUCUAA